ACUAACGUGGUAUAAAAAUGUACCCGUGUGUUAAAAUCAUAGGUGUAGAUGACUUGAGCCACCUUAAAACUCUUCGAAAACUGGAUAUUUUUUGUUAAUAAUCUGUAACUACAAAAUGGCCUAUAGACCAUGGAUAUCGGCAAUUACAUUGUUAGUUGCUAUGAGGCCAGUGAACGUACAAUUCGCAAUGCCGAUGCCGGCAGUGCCGAUGUUCCAGCCGGUGCCGCCUCCGCCGCCCAUGCUCAUGAUGGCGCCACCGCCGCCGCCCGUACCUGUCCCUGUGCCCUACCCCGUCCCCGUACCUAUCAUAGUCACCAGAAAAACUACCACCACUACUACUACCACAACAACCCAAUCACCCAAUGAUGGCGGUGACGGAAAUGGUGAUGGACACUUUGCAAUUGCAUUCCCUUUGCCUUUCGGAUUCCCUGCACCAUUCAUGUUGCCACAAGCGCCUCCUCCGAGAUUCUGCAACGACAAACCGAGACCGAAGCAGUGCCCUCCUUGUCCACCGUGCGUUUGCGCUCCGAGCUGCACGCCUGCGUUUUACUCCUUUUGCUCCCCGUGUCAUCAGAAGUGCAGAUGUAAAAGUAGUGGCGAUACUCCCAAGCCUCAGCCUCCUAAACCGCCGCCACCCAUGCCCAUAGUACCGGCGCCUAUGCCUAUGUAUCCUAUGGUACCACCUAUGGUACCUCCGGCGCCAGGUCCUAUAUUCAUCUUUCCCUUGCCGCCCGCUAUGCCUUUCAGACGUCCACCGAGAAGAGUUCCCAUAGAAUCGGCGAGCGAAGUUAGUGAUACUGAUACUUCAGACAGUUCCUCGGACACAGAUACUGAUUAUAAUAAAGAUUGGCGACGUAGAAAGAGACGGAAACACAUAAAAAGCAAGCAACACAUAAAAAGCAGGCGACGUUUCAGUAACAUUAGGAAGAAUGCUAGAAGUUACGAAAGUAGCCAUGAUGUAGGAACAAUAGUUCAUGAAACCAAGCUUGUGAAACCGAUGUUAUCCUACAUAAGCAGGAACGGGAAAGUGAAAUUUGAGAAAAAGCUUAGCGAAGACGAUGCUAAACAUUUGAUGGGAACAGAUACAGAUAGAUCAAAAAGUGUGGAAUUUAAUAAUAAUGGUCGAAGAUCUGCUGUCAGGCCUGUCAGUUCUAAAGACACUAGAACUGUCAUAUUCAGUCCGCCGCCAAACAAGAAAAUUACUAAUCUCACAGUAUCUUUUGAUGUUGUUCAAUAAAUUAAUACAAUACAUCUUGUACAUAAUGGUAAAGCAAAAAUUUUGUAUAGAAAUUAUAUGUAUAGAACAGUUGGGUCGACCAAGUGCAUUUUGAAUCACACUAAAUAAAAAAUAGGGUGCAUGGGGAUGACAAACAGGUAUUAUCUAAGUUUUCUUAU